AAAUGACACGACAAAAUAUUAUGUACAGUAAAGAAGAAAUCGAGGAACAGUUGGAAGAAUUCCAUAAAAGGAUUAAGGAGGAUCCAAAGCUACCUAAUAAUUUAGAUAAAGAUUUACUCAUACGAUACCUCAAACUAUAUUCAUAUCGCAUGCACAAAGCUCAGGCCAUGCUUACACGUAACAUUGACAUAAGAUCUCGUUAUCCAUGGUUUUUUACACAACGAGAUCCACAUGAUCCAGCAAUGCAAAAAAUUAUUGAUACUUUUGACAUGGUGUUAUUGCAGCAACAUACUCCUGAAAACUAUAAAGUAUGCAUCGCUCGAUUAGUUCACAGUGACCAUAGUGAAAUUGUCUUAAAUGAUUUAACAAAAAUGUACCUUAUGACAUGUGAUGUGCGUUUUCAUCUUCCAAUUGCGGAUUAUCGAAAAAUGGAGUCCGGAGAAAUUAUUAUUUUUGAUAUGAAAAAUUUUACAUUAAAGCAUUUAACAAGAGCUGUUGUGUCAACAUUGAAGCUUAUUUCUAAAUAUCUUCAAACAGCUCAUCCUGUUCGUCUAGUUCAAUUUCAUGUUAUUAAUUGCACACCAAUUGUAAACAGAGCACUUCUUUUCAUUCGUCCUUUCAUUUAUGCCAAACUCUAUAACGCAUUACAUUUCCAUAAAGUUGGACAUUUAGAGAAUUUGUAUAACUAUGUACCUCGUGAAAUGUUACCAUCUGAUUAUGGUGGAUCAGCUCCAUCUAUGAGUGAAUUAAAGAAAUAUUGGUAUGGUGUUUUAGAAACAUAUCGGCCGUUUGUAAUGAAUGAUGACUAUUGGAAACCAGCUGAAAAUAAUGUCUAA